AUGGCUCGGAAAAAAGUACGAGCUGCAUGGAUCCGUGACGAUAGGAUGAGGAGGGCAAGCCUCAAGAGGAGGUUAACGGGGCUUAUCAAAAAAGUGAAUGAACUGUCCAUUCUGUGCGAUAUGCGCGCUAGUGUGGUCGUUUUCAAUCGAGAAGAAGAACAAUUGACGGCGUGGCCAUCUCCCGAGGCAGCUAAUUCACUCAUCGACAACUUUUAUUCUCUAACCGACCAUGAAAGGACCAUGAAGGCCGUUGAUCCGGAGUCAUACGUCCAGACCGUUAUCGAAAAGAUUGAGAAGAAACGAGCCGAUACUCGGAAGGUUAUCACGGAGUUUGAGAUGGACGAACUCAUGUUCCAAGUCCAAAAUGGUCGUGAACUUGCUGAUCUCUCCCCAACCGAGGCUGAUAAACUAAUACCAUAUGCGGAUAAGAAACUUAUGUGGUUGAGUAAACGGAUGGGUUCUACGGGGGUCGACGCCCUGAGGGCUUCGAAUGUUGCGUCUGGGUCAGGUGGAAAUGGGUUAAACAUGAUGGAAACUGGAAGAAGUUUCUAUUAUGUUGAUAAAUGGGUCUUCGUUGAUCCACAAGUCCAAAACCCUUGUGAUGUUGAGACUCAUUUACCCACAAUGGUCAGUGGCUUAGACCUAAACAUGGAACCAUCUGAUGAAGACUUGGGGACCUAUAAAGGAGAGAGCAGCAUGGCCGGUGGUGCUGAAGACGAUGCCGAAUGAAGCUGCCGUCAAAGUUGACAUGACAACUUGUCU